GCUCUGCCAGAGCCGUUCCCUCUGGCUACCGUUACUGCAGGAUCUCUGCAAAUUGAGGUGACUGCUGCCAUCUUUCUCUCCUUUCUCCCAGUUAAGAGUACAGUUGAUGGCCUGAUGAAAGAAGUGAGGUCAAGAACGGAAGAGUUGGCUAAAAACACUCGUACAGACCAGGCUCUGCUGGAUGAACUGGUUGAAUUCCGGAAGAAAACAACCAUGAAGCUCAAGGAGGCUUUAAAGGAACAUCAGACAAAAGCUUGUGACAAGGCAACUUGUGACUCACUCCAAUAUAAUGUUUUGGAUUGUGUCAGAUGUAAAGAUGCCAAUGCCAUUUGUUACACGAUACACCAGUGCUUUGUGGAUUCCCAGGACCGCCUCACUCUUCGCUACGGACCAGUCCUGUGGGAUCCCAACAUUGCCCAAAACGGAGUGGCCAUUGUCCUGUGCAUGGGCGGAGUGCUGUUCUUGGUGAUCAUAGGCGUGAUUAUAUCAUACUGGAGAAACCGGCUCUAUCUGUAUGUUUAGUCAAGAUCCUCUCGCUGCUAUGGGACGUCUGAUGGAAAAGAUUCUCUUUUACCUCCACUGGUGAAGUGCAGGACUCGGGCCACACAACCGCUUCCCAAACUGCUUGUUCUGCCACAACCAAACCUUAUCUUUACUUGACCAAUGCAGUCUGCCCUCCAUUGGCCUUCCCAUUACCAAAUAUCCCAUAAUAAACAUAGAUCCCAA